UCUAGGUCUGAUUCUUUGACCAGCUUGAUUGAGAAGAAGUCAUCUAUUCAUCAUCACCUGGUAUCAAAGGUUCUCAUAACUGUAUGCCUUUGAAUGUGGUUCUACUAAAUGAAGUCAUGAAUUGCAAAUGAUAGCUGCUGAGAAUAAUCACAAUCUCCAUACAUGUAGAGCAGCUGGACACAAAAUGAUGUCUUCUGUACAUCACAUCCAUGUGCAGCAUUGGCCCUAGAGUAACCAGCCUAAACCUCAUCAAGAUUGCAUGGAUCAUCAGGAAAGAGAAUAAUAGUGCAGGAUAGCUCAAGACAGUGCAAGAUAUCUCCUGGAUCAAUUACAGCUUCAGUUGAUAAUCCCACAGUCAGUUGAUGAUUGUGUCAUCGUAAGGAAGGCCAGAAGUCCACUCACCCACAAGUUCUCUGUGUGUAUAUGUUACUGAUCAGUUGAUGAUCAAGUCAUCACAAGGCCAGACAUCCAAUCACUCAGGAGUUCCCUGUAUGUACUUCUAGCUGGUCACAGGUAUUCUCUGGUGGCUUGAGGUGAUAAACACUAAAACAAUAUGAAGCGAUUAAAGAGACGCCUGUCACAGUCUUUCCGCAGCAACUCCGUUAUUGAGGACUCACUUUCAGAGCUGACGGAAAGUAUGAGCAUUGAAGAGAAUGGCACACACUGUACAAAUGGUACAACAAAUGGCAAUACUAAUGGCACAAAAGAAGAGAUAGUGACACGAUUACGUAGCUCUGAUGGAGAGAGUGACCAGACGUCAGGAGCAUCAGAUGAGAGUCACACCCCAGUCAGAAGACGACAUAGACCUGGAAGACUACAUAGGAGAUUUAGUGAGGAUAUCUCCAAGAGGCUAUCCCUGCCCGUUGAUAUGCGUCUUCCUGAACACUUCAUCGAAAAAUACAGCCUUAGCCCUCCAUUUGAAAAGAUGAGUCGAAGAUCAAGAAGGGCAUCAUUGUCAGAAAUAGGUUUUGGGAAGAUGGAGACUUACACCAAGCUGGAUAAGCUAGGAGAAGGGACGUAUGCAACAGUAUUCAAAGGGCGGAGUCGUCUAACAGACAACCUUGUAGCAUUGAAAGAGAUAAGAUUGGAACAUGAAGAAGGGGCACCCUGUACUGCAAUAAGGGAAGUGUCUCUUCUUAAGGGCCUGAAACAUAACAACAUUGUUACACUACAUGACAUAGUACACACAGAGAAAUCACUCACAUUAGUCUUUGAGUAUUUGGAGAAAGAUUUGAAACAGUACAUGGAUGAUUGUGGAAGUAUAAUGAACAUGAACAAUGUUAAAUUAUUUUUAUUUCAAUUACUACGAGGACUAGCAUACUGUCACAAACGACAAGUGCUACACAGAGACCUUAAACCUCAGAACCUCUUGAUCAAUGAGAAAGGAGAACUCAAAUUGGCAGAUUUUGGUCUAGCCCGAGCUAAAUCAGUACCUAGUAAGACCUUUUCCAAUGAAGUGGUAACACUAUGGUAUAGACCACCAGAUGUUCUUCUAGGCAGUACAGAAUACUCCACAUCUAUUGAUAUGUGGGGAGUUGGAUGUAUAUUUUAUGAGAUGUCGGCAGGCCGACCACUGUUCCCUGGUUCUACUGUAGAGGAUGAACUUCAUCUCAUCUUUAAGUUCCUUGGUACUCCCGAUGAGAACACAUGGCCUGGGAUCAGUAGCAAUGAAGACUUUCAAUCAUAUAGCUUUCCUGCCUAUCCAAAGGAACCGGUUGUAACUCAUGCACCACGGUUAGACUUACAAUGUCAAGAUCUUCUAGAAGACCUGCUCAAGUAUGAAGGAAAGAAUAGAGUUUCAGCAGCUAAGGCAAUGAGACAUCCUUGCUUCAAUUGUUUUGGUUCUGGAAUCCAUACAUUGAGGGAUGUUCAAUCAAUAAUGGAUUUACCUGAAUGUCAGUUGUCUAGAGAUCCUGGUAUUCGUUCCUCCACCGUGCCUAGCACAGAGGAUUCAAGGGGGAGAUCGAAACAGAAUCUUUUUGUAAAUCACAGGCCCCUCUCGUGGGCGACGCCAGAGCAUGCACUUUUAACAUGACGAUAAGACUUGAGAAACCCUGAGGAAGCUUCCAUGUUUGCUGUGACUGAUUCAUCAUGGAGAAGGUACCUCUACAACCAGAGUAUGAACAAAAAGAUGAGGAUUAUUUCCUUAACUUGGAAGGAAACCUGAAAGGAAUAAAGAAAGAGUCACUGAGAACAGACUUUAUAAAUUAUUGUGAAAUUCCGUCGUAUCUUAAGUGCCACUCUCCGACUCUUUUUCAUCACACCUUUGCUUAGUUGUAACUUGUCCCAGCUGAGAUGAGAUAAAGUAUGGACAAAGGAUGAUGUUUCCAAGGAUGGGUGAGACCCUUCUACUUUGGUAGUGCUUCUAUGGAUCUGAGAAUUGCAAUUGGCUUGCCCAUGUAGUAGUGAUUCUGUAAAGGAGACAACAAUGAUCCUUCUUGAGAAAAGUUAAUCAUCCUUUAUUUGCUGCUCUAUUAAAGAGAAACUUCCUGUUAUGACUGUCACGAUGAUGUCAUCAGUGAUAGAAGAACAUUGUAAAACUAUUCAGUACUUACUGCUAUACUGAGUUUGGCAGAUCAAGACAUCAACUGAAUGAAUAAAAUAGACAUUCAUUUCCAUGUCUGCUUUUAGCAAAUUUCUUGCUUUUUAUCAUAAAUUAUUCAUAUGAAAUCAUGUGUACAUUAAUGUAAUUUGUUAUUGAGGUUUACGAUGCAAACAAAUCACAUUACAAGUUUCCUUCCAUGCUGUAUAGAUGUGUAUGUUUGAUACUGAAAUCCUCAUUAAGAAUAGUAAUUAAUUUAUCCUUGGGAGGUUAAUAUUUAUACCCUUUUCAAAAAGUAACGAAGCUGUUGCUGCUUAAAGAAAUAUACAUCUGUAUAGCUAGAAUAACAUACAAUGUGUUAGGAGUACAGAAUUGCAUACAUUUCUAGAAAGAUUUUAUAAUCAAGUUAGAGGUUUUGCAUUACCAUUUAGCUUUUCAUAAUGAAUGAAAUCAUUCUUUGUUGACAGCACUUGAAAUGUUCAAGAUUCAAUUUCCUAUAAAUAAGCAUACUUUGAAUGCCAACUGCAGUUUUAUUAAGACCUCAUAGAUGAAUUUCUUGUUUUAGCUAGUAAAUAGCAAGUAAACUAAAAAAUAGGAUCCAGUGAUGAUUUUAUCUGAAGGCAUUUAGAUCUCCAAUAAUUUAACUCAGAACAUUUCAAAAGAUAAAACAAUUUUACAAUUAAGUGUAAAGAGCUUCAACACAUUACAUGUAGAAUAGGAUUGAUUCCUGUGUUUUAUGUGUUAGUUGUUUGAUAUUAUACUCUAACAAAUAAAACAUGGAAAUUCUUGAAUGUUUAGGGUUAUGUUCUUUUGCUUUAAAGUUCAGUUUUAUUUCCAGUUUAAAAGACAGGAUUUCGCUUUGAUUUUGCCCUUGUUUGUGUUUUAUCCAUUAUUUACAUUAUUUCCACAGAUUCUACCAGAUUCUUGAAAGUUGUUUUAUUUCAUAUAUAAAUCAAUUAUCUUGACUAAGGAAUGCAACAAAAUUAUAACUACCAUUGUUUUCUUAUAACCCUGAUUGUUUAACAGUAGACUUGUUCAUAUUUUUAUCCAUGAGCUAUGCCCUAGGAACAGUUUGAUUCUCCCCCCCCCCCCAUCCUUUCUGGUCAUUAGCGUGUAUAUCAUGAAAGAAUUAAUACUGAAUGAUAAACAUAUUAUAAAAAGAAAUAUUGUUUGUGAUAUUUUGAUAUCACAGAAAAAAUGGUACAUAAGGCAAGGAAUUUUGUAGUCUGUUAGUAAUUGGUAUAUGACAGAUAUAUGGAUUAUUUAAAUGUCCAAACUUAUUUUGGGUGGUUUUUCAAGAACCACACUGAAUGGCGAAACAGUUAUAAUAGUUCAUAUAUUUUUUUUAAUAAAAUGAUUUGCUUUUUAAUUUCAUUUAAUUUGAUUGACAGACAUUUAUGCAAAAUUAUUUUAGCAAUGUAUGGGAAUUUUGAUUGUUUAUAGUAGAGACCAAGUAAGUGUUAACUACUUUGGGAACCAACCAUUAUCGUUUGAUAUACCUCUAGGAAAUCUCAAUGUGUAAUGAAAAUCCCUUAAUAGAUUACUAUGUCAGGGUUGCAUCAUUGUAUGUCGCUUUAUUUUACGUUUCUUACUCUGUUCACACUGUAUUCACUUUACUUGUUUAUUGUGCAAUUUCAACACUUAUGCCUGUCAAAUUGAACACACUGAGAAUCACGAUCGUUUCAGAAACCUCUAUCGACGUAUCUAAUUGUGCGUGCAAGAAAAGAUAGGUAUUGGAUAUAAGACUAUUUGUUUUAAGUCUAUUCCUAAGUAUUUCAUUGCAUUACAGUAUUUCAGUGAUGAGAUACAUUUGCAAUAACCAUGAAAGCUUGUACAUUAUUUGAGAGGAUUAACUAGGAAACCCCAGGAGAAUGUUAUCAUCUAUGCCAAUGUAAUUCAAAUAAAUCUCAUUAAUAAACUCAGACUGAUAUUUACAUAGUAUGAUUUAAAGUGGCAUGAAAUGAUGGACUAAGAUUCACAUUGAAAGCAUAGACUAGUAUUACAAAGGUCUUAUUUAAUACGUACCGAAUGUGAUAAAUGUUUUAUUUUAUAUUGUUCAUAUGGAUAAAAAACAACCAGGAAGAAAAAAAUCAAAUUCUUGCAGGUGCUUUCAAAAUAUCUAUGACAUUAUUCACUAAUUCUCUUGGGUAAAAUGAGUAUAACACAUAUUAGUGAAUGAGAUGAAAUUAAAAUGGUGUUUCCAGCUAUGUUUUUAAGCAAUAGGGGAGAGUGGGGUAAAUAAGCCCCCCCCCCCCCCUUUUUCAUAAUUCCAAUCAUAUAUUUUUAAUGCAUAGCAGUGGAAACAUGAUUAGAUUCUAAUACUUGGUCUACAUUAAACCUACACUAUCCAAUAGAAAGGUGAGAACUAUCCAAUCUCACUGAGCAUUGAACAUUGUUGUCAGAGGGCUGUAUUUGCCUCAUUGAAAUGUUGAAAAUUAGGCCCCUUAUUAAAAAAAAAGAGUUUGUGUUGCAAUAGACCAGUUCGUAGUUACUUACUUCAGGGACAAUUUUCGUCAAAUGACCUUUCAUUUCUUUCAUUAUGAUAGGCAGAUUUCAAAGUAAGAUAUUACGUAAGCUUGCCUUACAUAGCAGGAUGAAGAAAUUGAAUAGACCAGGUGACUAGAAUAGCACGCCAAUGAACACUUUAUUAAGGUAUCUGUUGCAUUCCUACUUUGAGUGCAUAUCAUAGCAUGUUGUACGAUGUAUACUUGGCAAACUGAAUACCAGUCGUUCGUGGACGCAUUGUUGUUUUUUGUGGAUGUAAAUGAAAACUACAAUUCAAAAGAAUAUAAGCAUAAUCAAGACAUCAAAGUUGGUGCUAAUCUCAUUAGAUUUUAGACCACCAUGUCACUUCAGUACAAUUGACCUUCCUCUGAUCAUGCGUAGAAAGGAAUUACGAACUGGCUUAUAUUCACAGUAUGAAUGGUUCAGUUAGUUUGAUUGAACAUUUCAAAAUCAGAGGAUUAUUUACUUAUGCCUUUAAGGACAUGCAUAACUGCUCUGUGUUUUUAAUACAGUACAUGAAAAGAUUUUUAGACUUGUUCAAAUACACACAUCUUAAUUCAUCUGUAAAGUAGUGGUAAUUUAAUUUAUUGCAUUCAUCGUUGAUGAGACGACUUUGUAAAGCAAGUAUUUGGUUGUGUACAAUUGAUUUGCACUGCACAGUUGUUAUCACUGGUAAUCAUCAUAAUGAUUUGAUAGACAUGUAAAAUAACUUCUAACCAUAGUAUCACCUUAUCAUACUAGUACUACAUUUAGUAACUGGUUAUUUUCUAGUUUGAUUUUUUUUGUCUCGCCCAGCAGAGGUGAAGGUAAGAAGGGAUCCAAAUGUUGUCCGUCCGUCACAAACCUUAUGACACAUUACUUCGCAACCAUAAGUCACGUUUCAACCAAACUUGGAUGAUAGAUGCACUUAGGGGACCUGCAUGUUAUGCUGCAGUCCGAGGUCACAUGGUAAGGUCAACGUUUAAGUUUAAAUGCCAGACUCUCUUAGGACCUACAACUCUGCAACUGAAAGUCACUUUUCUCCCAAACUUAGAUGGUAGAUGUAUUUCUGGGACCUGCAUGUUAUGCUGCAGUCUGAGGUCACAUGGUAAGGUCAAAGGUCAUUUUCAGGUCAACAUCAAAGUUUACAUGCAAGACUCUCUUAUGACCUACAUCUCCGCAACCGAAAGUCAUGUUUCACCCAAACGUGGGUUGUUGAUGACUGAGGGGACAUGCAUGUUAUGCUGCAGUCUGAGGUGAUGUGGUAAGGUCAAUGGUCAUUUCCAGGUCAAUGUUAAAGUUUACAUGCAAGACUCUUAUGACACAACUCUGCAACCGUAAGUCACUUUUUAAUAAAACUUGGAUGGAAGUUGUACUUAAAAAACUUUCAAUUCUAAAUUAUUUCCACAUCUUGAUUAAAAACACAAGUACAUAUGCAGAUAAUUAUAUACAAUAAAAAAACAUUUAAAUGAAACAUAUUCAGUUCGGAAUCAUAAUAUGUUAGGAAUUGACAAAGGCCUCUCAUGUUAUGCUGCAGUCGGAAGUCACAUGGUAAGGUCAAAGGUCAUUUUAGGUCAACAUUAAAGUUUACAUGCAAGACUCUUAUGACACAUAACUCCGUAUCCAUAAGUCAAUUUCAAAUCAAACUUGGGUUGUGGCUGUACUUAGGAGACCUGCAUUGUGUUCGGAGGUCACGUGAUAAGGUCAAAGGUCAUUUUGAGGUCAACAUUAAAGUUUACAUGCAAGAUUCUCACGACAAAUGCUAUUCCAUCCAAGUUAUUUCACAAUGAACUUUUGAUACAAUUCUGUUGCAUGCCCUUGCAAAUUGCGAUAUUUCUGGUCAUUUUCACAAGAGGGCGAGACACAACAUCUUGUUUUCUUAUUAGGGAGCUUUUACACAGCGCCGGAGAAUGGAUCCUACAACGCAGCAAAUGCAUUGAAAAUGUCAGUCAAAUCACAAUGAAGUCUUUGUCGAGGGUCGUUGAAUGGGAACAGCAGUUUUGUCCGACGUUUCAAUACUGACCAAAAAUUGCAAAUAUUUUGUUUGUCCAGAGAUUUAAUUCAUCGACCCACGACAAAGACUUAAUUGUCAUGAAGGGCAUUUGAUAAAAGAUUCUCUAUGUUUUAGAAAGCGUCUGUGUAGCUUUUACUCUGUAUUGUGAACAAUUAUGGUUUGAAUUGUCUCAUGAUAUAUGAGCAUUCAUCAGUUUUGCAUCUCAUCACUUCAUUUAUUGAAUAUAAUAUGAAAUGUAAUUGAUGUCUCUUUUGUAAGACUCCACAAUGAAGAAGGUUUUUAAAUUGAAAGAAUAUUUUGAUCAAUUGCAAUUCAAUUUUGGAACUCUAAAUCAAUCACAAUCUUGCUAUGAAUUACAAAUUUGCAAUUGAUCACUAUUUUACUUGUUGCAGUAAAAGUAAAAAAAUUGCUUUACUGUGUUGAAAUUCAUACAUCACUUGCAAAUUUGAUAAUCAAUUGUAAAUGAAGACUCUUGCAACAUGUCCAAUUUUUCCUGCAAUGCUGUUUUAGAUCACAAGGGGAAUACCCCCUGAUUGAUUACCAGUCUGAAUUCUGGAAAUGAACACUUGUAUAUUCCUUGAAUAUUUCACUGUAUACUUAUUGAUGUAGAUAGAAAAUUAACUUAUAUGUAAUAUGUUAUCAUGAGAAGAAUUUGCAUUUUCAAUUGAUUAAAACUGAUCUAAAUGA